CAUAGCAGAAUGAGAGAGCACACACAUCUCCAGCCACGAAACGGAGUGAUGUAGCAAAACCGAUCUCUAUAUAUAUAACGGUUACUUUUCUUCCUUUUUUCCUCUUCUUCUAUUCUUAUAAAGAACAAACAAAAACCAUUAUAAUAAAAAUUAAAUUAUUUCUCAUCAUCAUUGACUUGAGAAGAAACACUUGCUCUUAGUUACUUUGCUAUUGCUGCUUCUGAAUUCAUGGAUUCUAACAACAAACACAAGGAGCCAUGGAAUUGGCAUGGAGAGGAUUAUGGUGUUCAGAAGACUUCAAACUUUGAAAUUUCGGAGGAGAUGUGGACUGACGUGCCUCAAAAUGGAGAGGAUCUUUCCUACAUGUUUGAUGGUGAAACUGAAACAACUCCAGUUAAAGCGUGCGGUGAUUUGGCAUAUAAUGUCAGCAAUGGGGAUUCAUAUUAUGUAGCAAAGGAACUAGAGGAAGGUAGGGACACUUCCCAAGCAAAGAGGCGGCGGAUGCUACAGUUCGACGACGUAGAUAUGGACCAAUCUCUUUGCAACAUGGAGAUGUCGUCAACAUGCUUUAAAAAUGGGAAGGACGACUCAAUUAAGGAAAUUUUUCCGGAAGUGUCACAAUGGAUGUCUGGGGCACCAGAAUAUACAUUGGAAAAUGUUCCUGACCUUGAAGCAACUGAAGAGUGGCUUGCUGAAUACUUAAAUGAUACUGAGAUGCAAUUCAGUCCUGAUGAUUUGAAUUUUUCAGGAGCAGAUGAUGUCCAUAUUGAUGUUGCAGAGUUAUGCAACAUCACGCCAUCACAUCAACAAAACGUGGUUCCGCAGCCUGUUACUCGAACCCCUAAAAAUAUUGUCUUCAAAGGUAGGAAAUCUUUUAUAAGGACACCCACAAAGUUGGCUUCUACCGUUGCCUAUCCAUUUACCUUCAUUAAACCAAGUGGUGCCCAGGGAGACAUAACUCUGAAGGAAAUCAAUCAGCGCAUUCGAACUCCUUCAAAAUCAGCACAAAGCAGUGACGAUUCGUCUGCUUACCCUAAAUCAGCCUUCUCAGGAAAGCCUGUGGUUGGUAAAACAAAAAUCCGCACUGAAGGGGGAAAAGGCAGCAUCACAAUUAUGAGAACUAAAGGCUAAGGGCAUGUUUUGAAUCAUGGUGAUUUUGACAAAUCACAAUGCCAGAUUCACCAGGAUUCCAAACAUGCACUAUUUUAGUGAGUUGUUGUCUGGUACGAAGUACUAACUUUUGUCUCACAAAGUCACCUUUUAAUAUGUUGGUUACUUCAUUUUGUGAAGAUGCUGAUACUGGAACUUUUAUUAUUUACGUAUUUCCAUCCGUAAAUUACACCACCUUAGUGUUUGUUUCCUAGUUGGGUCUAGAUAUUAUUUUAGCUGUUCUUUUGGGGGCACAUGAUUUUGUCAAGUCUGUGAUGAGAAUCUUAAUAUUUAUAUUAAGCUCUUUAGUCCUCACAAACACCCCAUGGCUCUAUAGUCUAUAUGACAAUUUUACUAAGCUUGGACUUAGCUUUUGUAAUUGAAACUUACAAAUCAAUUUGGCUCUAUUGCAUGUUUUGCAACCAUAAAUUUCUGAAAGAGUUGUAUGCA